AUGUUCUCAGGCCUCGCAGGACUCAAAUCUGAAGGACACAUCACGCUCAGCAAGACGACCACCGAGACUGAGGUCGCCAGAAGUACAAGACAGACCACCAUUACCGAGGUUCCGAGGCGCGCUAAGCAGGGCCUCGACGUCGACGUCGAAGUUACAGGCAGCAUCAACACAAGGCGGACGGCCGAGUCAUGGACCCUGGAGUCGUCGGUGCCGCUGCUGCUGUUGCUGUCGCCGUCGUCCUUAUUGCUAGUGGGGCUGGGGCGGCGCUUCAAAUUAGGAAAGAGAAUCGGAGACUGGAUGAGGAGGACCGGAAAAGGAGGGAAAUGA